GUUGCAUCAGACGCACAGUGUUCCUAGGUUUUACCGGCGAAGUUGCACGUUGAAACAGCCACAACCUUACACUUUUAUUCAGCGGGCUGUGCUGGAAGCGAAAAAUGAGCGAAAUGAAGCUUUUUGUUAGCGAUGGUAAUCCACAUUGUCUGAAAGUGCUGGCAGUAGCGGAGCUGACUGGAGUGAAGUGUGACAUCUGUCACGCCAGCGAUGACGAACGACUGGUACCCUUUUUGAGCCACCCGGUGCGACCGGUCCUGCUGCUGCCGUGCGGACAACACCUUUUCAAAGCCAAUCCCAUCUGCCUGUACUUUUUAGAAGUUAGCGGACGGGACGUCUGCGAUCUGACUAGUCAGUGGCUGGAAUGGGAGGCAGCAGAACUUCAGCCUGCCCUGAUGCAGGCCCUUUACCAGUGUGUACUGCUGGGGAAGAUGACGGAGGCUGCAAACACCCUCGAAGGACAUCUCACCUACAUGGAGCAACGCCUGAGCAAAGGAGCCACUCCGUUCCUCGCUGCAGAGGAGGCAACAGUGGUAGACAUUGUUCUGUGGGCGGCACUCUAUCCUUUAUUGUCCAACUCCAGCUUCCUGCCAGACAAGCUGCAGUGUGUGGCCAGGUGGUUCGAGCAGGUGAAUGCGCUCCCCGUAUGUCAGACCGUGGCCCAGCGUGUGCAGCAGCAAAAGAGCCUGGAGUCGCUCAAGCGCUUCUUGCAGAAGCAGCCGCUGCCCCCCGCCCGAUGCCGAAACGCUCCGCUGUGCAACCGGGCCGAGGAGGAGGAUGCUGAGCGUGAGAUGACUGAUGAGGAGAUUCAGGCGGCCGGCGCCACUUGGAGCCGUGGCUUGGCAGACCGCCCCACCCCUGCAGAGAGACGGCAUCCCAUUCUGCCGCAGGAGGGAAAGCGGAACGUCCUCAUCACCAGCGCGCUGCCUUACGUCAACAACGUCCCGCACCUGGGCAACAUCAUCGGCUGCGUACUCAGCGCGGACGUUUUCGCCAGGUACGGGCGGCUACGAGGCUGGAACGCGCUGUUCGUCUGCGGCACGGACGAGUACGGCACGGCCACGGAGAACAAGGCGCGGGAGGAAGGCCUGUCGCCGCAGGAGAUCUGCGACAAGUACCACGCUGUACACGCCAGCAUUUACAAGUGGUUCCAGAUCGACUUUGAUCACUUCGGUCGCACCACGACCGAGAAGCAGACGGAGAUAGCGCAGGAUAUCUUCUGGCGGCUCUACGACAGAGGCUUUCUCAUCCCAGACACGGUGGAUCAGCUGCAUUGCGAGAACUGCCAGCGUUUCCUGGCCGAUCGCUUCGUGGAGGGCAUCUGUCCCAACUGCCGCUACCCUGAGGCCCGCGGGGACCAGUGUGACAAGUGCGGCCGCCUCAUCAACGCCGUGGAACUCAAGGACCCCCAGUGUAAGGUGUGCAAGAGGACGCCUGUUGUUCGCUCCUCCGCUCACUUGUUCCUAGACCUGCCCAAGUUAGAGUCCCAGUUGGAGCAGUGGCUGGAGCAGUCUAUGAGCACGGGGAACUGGACCAGCAACGCACGACACAUCACACGCUCUUGGCUACGGGACGGCCUCAAACCGCGCUGCAUCACCAGGGACCUUCGGUGGGGGACGCCCGUGCCGCACCCCGACUUCUCGGGCAAGGUGUUCUACGUUUGGUUUGACGCUCCCAUCGGCUACCUUUCCAUCACUGCCAGCUACACUGAUGAAUGGGAGAAGUGGUGGAAGAAUCCAGAAAAGGUGGAGCUCUACAACUUCAUGGCCAAAGACAACGUUCCCUUCCACAGCGUGGUGUUCCCCUGCUCGCUGCUUGGUGCCCAGGAUAACUACACACUUGUCAGCAACCUCAUUGCCACAGAAUACCUGAACUACGAGGAUACGAAGUUCUCCAAAAGCCGGGGUGUGGGUGUGUUCGGGGACAUGGCCAAAGACACGGACAUCCCUUCCGAUGUGUGGCGCUUUUACCUGCUUUAUCUGCGGCCUGAGGGCCAGGACUCUGCCUUCUCCUGGGCCGACAUGGCGCUGAAGAACAACUCCGAGCUGCUCAACAACCUGGGCAACUUCAUCAACAGGGCGGGAAUGUUUGCGAGUAAGUUCUUCGAGGGGCGCGUACCCCAGAUGGAGCUGCAGCAGGAGGACAAGCGGCUGCUGGCACAGGUGGGCUUCGAGCUGCGGCAGUACAUUCAGCUGCUCGACCGGGUCAGAAUACGUGAUGCUCUUAAGUGCAUCCUGAACAUUUCUCGCCAUGGUAACCAGUAUAUUCAAGUGAAUGAACCCUGGAAGAAGAUCAAAGGAGGGGAUGAAGACAGGCUACGAGCAGGUACUGUGACGGGCGUGUCUGUGAACGUGGCCUGUCUGCUGUCCGCAAUGCUGCGGCCGUACAUGCCGGCUGUGAGCGCGACCAUCCGCGAGCAGUUGUGCGCUCCGGCCAACUGUGCGGACGCCAUGUUUCAGGGCGCCGGCAGUUUCGUCUGCACGCUGCCUGCCGGACAUCGCAUCGGCACGAUCAGUCCGUUGUUCCAGAAACUGGAAGCCGAGCAGAUUGAGAGUCUUAAGCGGCGGUUCGGUGGUCAGCAGAUACAAUCUGCUGCACCUGCAGCCGCCACCGUUCCCGCUUCACCUUCCGCUACUAUCGAGACCUCUGCCAAUCCUGAAAGGGCAAAGCAGCUGCUACAGGAAGUGGCAGAGCAGGGUGACAGAGUGCGCGCUCUUAAGGCCCAAAAAGCAGAGAAGACCCUGAUUACUGCGGAGGUUGCGAAACUGCUCCAGCUGAAGAAGCAGCUGGCGGCAGCAGAGGGCAAGAACCCUGAACCAUCCCCACAGAAAGGCAAGAAGAAAUGAUAGACUGAGGCCGUGGAAGACAUGAAGGAAGGAACACGAAAAGGCAGCUCCAAGCACAAGUAGGAAGUAAGAGAAAUGGAGGGAAGAAGGAAGCAGAAUGUGCACCAAUUGGGUUUCCAGAAUCAGUGUGGACAUGUUGAAACAGCCAGACAGAUGUUAAAGCAGCUGGGUGGAACUGAUACACAUGGCUUUUUGGAGCCUGCAUUUUAGGUCUUUGUACCAAAAGCAGUUGAUUGCACAAAUAUGUAAAUUAAUCAAGGGAGAGACCAAUACACCAAAUGUUUUCUACAUUCAUCAACUCUUGUAUAAAUUUAUAAUUGGUCUUCUGUCAUCUUUGCUGUCAACACAGUACCACUGUUUUUUUGCACAAUGAAAAUAAAUUGAAGUUGUC